AUGGCUUCCACCGCCGCCGGCUUUCUUGGUCGCUCGAGUAGCAGCAACUCAAACAUGCGCGGGCUCGUUCAGUUCAUUGCCGACUUGAGGAAUGCAAGAGCUCGCGAGCUGGAAGAGAAGCGGAUCAACAAAGAGCUGGCCAACAUCAGGCAAAAGUUCAAAGACGGAAAUCUCAACGGUUACCACAGAAAGAAAUAUGUUUGCAAGCUUCUCUAUAUCUAUAUUCUUGGCUGGAACGUCGACUUUGGGCACUUGGAGGCUGUCAACCUCAUAUCGGCCAAUAAAUACUCGGAAAAGCAAAUUGGAUACCUCGCAAUGACUUUGUUCCUUCAUGAGAAGCACGAGCUACUCCACCUAGUCGUCAACAGCAUACGGAAAGAUCUACUCGACCACAAUGAGCUUUUCAACUGUCUGGCACUGCAUGCAAUUGCGAACGUUGGUGGGAGAGAGAUGGGCGAGACAUUGAGCAGUGAAGUACACAGGCUGCUGAUAUCACCGACCUCAAAAGCGUUUGUUAAAAAGAAAGCAGCUUUGACGCUUCUGAGGCUGUACCGCAAGCAUCCAGAUAUUGUGCAGCCGCAGUGGGCUGAGAGGAUAAUAUCACUAAUGGAUGAUGUCGAUUUGGGCGUGGCACUUUCAGUGACGUCUUUGGUCGCCGCCCUUGCUCAAGACAACCCUGAUCAGUAUAAGGGGGCCUAUGUCAAGGCAGCUUCAAGACUGAAGAGGCUUGUCAUAGAUGGGGAUUACAAUGGCGAUUACCUCUACUACAAGGUUCCCUGCCCAUGGAUACAAGUCAAAUUGCUGAGGUUACUUCAGUACUUCCCACCGUCAGAGGAUAGCCAUGUUCGAGACCUCAUUCGGGAGUCUUUGCAAAAGAUCCUGAAUCUCGCUUUGGAAAGCUCCAAGAAUGUCCAACAAAACAAUGCCCAAAACGCGGUUCUUUUCGAGGCCAUCAAUCUCAUCAUCCACCUUGACACGGAGCAAGCUCUCAUGAAGCAAAUCUCGUCAAGGCUGGGCAGAUUCAUCCAGUCGAGAGAGACAAAUGUUCGUUAUCUUGGCCUAGAAGCAAUGACGCACUUGGCGGCUCGUGCCGAAACCCUCGAUCCGAUCAAGCAGCAUCAAGACGUUAUUCUGGGCUCGUUAAAGGAUCGCGACAUCAGUGUGAGGAGAAAGGGUCUAGACCUUCUCUACAGCAUGUGUGAUUCGACAAAUGCGCAGAUAAUAGUGGGCGAGUUACUUCACUAUCUGCAAAACGCAGACUUUGCCAUUCGGGAGGAAAUGGUGCUGAAGAUUGCGAUCUUGACCGAGAAGCACGCCACAGAUGUGCAGUGGUACGUUGAUAUCUCACUGCGGCUGAUAGCGAUGGCUGGCGACCAUGUCAGCGAUGAGGUUUGGCAGCGUGUGAUACAGAUUGUCACAAACAACGAAGAGCUCCAAGUAUACGCAGCACAGACGUCGCUGCAAUAUCUCCGACAGGACCACUGUCAUGAGACGCUGGUCAAGAUUGGGACAUAUAUCCUCGGUGAAUUCGGACAUCUCAUUGCCGAAGAACCUGGGUGCAGCCCCAUCGAGCAGUUCAUGGCCUUGGAAACAAAACUACACGCAUGCUCCUCUAGCACACGAGCAAUGAUACUGUCUUGCUUUGUUAAAUUUGUGAAUCUCUUCCCGGAGAUCAAGCCACAGUUGACACACGUCUUUGACAUUUACAGCCACACGCUGGAUUCAGAACUUCAGCAGCGGGCCUGUGAAUACCUCGCUCUGACGAGACUGCCGACUGAUGAUCUCCUCCGGACCGUCUGCGACGAAAUGCCGCCUUUCCCAGAACGCCAGUCUGCUUUGCUGUCACGGCUACACCAGAAACACGCAAAUACUAGCGACAAGCGGACCUGGGUUGUCGGCGGGAAGGAUGCCAACGCAGAUGCUACCGAAUUAAGCAUGGCUAAAAACCCCGGCUUGAGGAGGACUUUCACAAGCGCAUCAGCCAACGGAAAUGGACAAGCCAACGGCGGAGCCAAUGGGCAGUCCAAUGGGUCCUCGGACCUUCUUUCUGGGCUGGACAUGACAAAGACCACACAGGCGACAAAGACACCCAAUCUUGCCAGCGCAGCACAUCUGUCGCCUGGCUGGCAGAAGGGAUUCAACAAGCUCAUGCUCCGUCCGGACGGUGUGCUGUUCGAAGAUGGCCAGAUACAAGUCGGUGUUCGGUCUGAGUACAGGGGUGAGAUGGCGUGUCUCAUUCUUUACUUCAUGAACAAGACACCGGCACUUGUUAGCUCGUUCACCACCACGCUCGACCUUGACGAGAGUGAGAAGGAAAAGCUGUCGAUUGAUGUCAAAGGCUUGCCGGAUAGCAAUCUCAAUCAUCAAGGCCAGUCACAGCAGGUCGUCAUGUUCCAAGCCAAGAGAGCGUUCGAGAAGAGCCCAACGAUUCGCAUCAGCUAUUUAGCAGGUGCACUGCAGGCCAUCACCCUGAAGCUGCCAGUCGCUCUUCACAAGUUUAUGGAGCCGGCAGACUUGUCAGCUGAAGACUUCUUCAAGAGGUGGAAGCAGAUCGGAGGAGCCCCAAGAGAAGCACAACAGAUUGUCAAUCUCACGAGCACCAGCAGGGACCGUGAACUUACAGAGCCGUUCGUCCGCAGGGUCCUCGAGGGGUUCAGAUGGGGUAUCCUCCGCGGUGUUGACCCCAAUCAGAAGAACUUUGUCGGUGCCAGCGUGCUCCACACUACAGAUGGCGGCAAAUAUGGUUGCUUGCUGAGACUCGAACCCAAUUAUCAAUCACAGAUGGUUCGUGUUACAAUUCGGGCUACCGAUGAGAGCGUCCCAUCAGUGCUUCUCAAGCUCAUGGAGGAGCAGCUGUCCCAAGGUGUCUCUACAGCCCCUGAGGAACAUGCUGGGCCAAGAGCUCAUGAAAUCUCGGCGGCUUUUAGUAACAUUAUGGUGGUGUCAGAUGCAGAUAGGCUGCCGACAUAG